AUGCGGUACGACGAGCAGAAGGGAGUGCAGCCGCCCGUGAAGUGGGACCCGGACGACGAGGACGACCGCCCUCCAGCGCGUCAAGCCCAACAGCUGCUCGCCAAGGUCGCGCAGUCCUACUGGUGGCUCGGAAUCGUUCUCGCUGCGGCAUGUAUCCUCUUCUUCGAGGACUGCAUCACCAUCUCCGCCAAUGCCGAGACCCUCGGCGGCGACAGCACCCUGGUCACCACCGCACUAGUGCACCUCCUGCCGCUCGCGGUCUUCGCGGCCGACAGCGCCCUCGCCUGGCACUCCACGCGCGGCCUCUCGAAGUUCUGGUCACCCCUCCCGAUUGUGCUGGAGGCGGGCUCUUUCGUCUUGGGACUCACGUCCAUGGGUAUGACAAUGUGGCUCCUCAAAGACCACCCCUUCUUCGCGGCCACGCACACCACGGACGGCUUCUCCGCGGAGCGCGCCGACUUCAUCCGCACGCACCUGGUCGUCUCUCUCAUCCUGCAGCCCCUCGCGCUGCUCAAACCCCUGGUCACGCUCUGGCGGCAGAGCGCCUCGAACGACCUCCUGGUCUCGGGGCGCGGGCGGAUGCGCCUGUCGUUCGGCCCCGCGAUGCGUCAGGGCGUCCUGAUGGCCAGUACCGUCGCGGUGCUCCUGGGGUCGCUGUCCGCGUGGGCGUACGCGCAGCGCAGCGAGUACAUAUCGAGCCACGCGAUCGAGGAAGCGAUGGUCAACAUGUUCGCGGUCGACUCGAGCGCCGAGCUCGAGCGAUACGUACUGAACCUGCGGUCAUUCUCAAACUGGCAGUUGCAGCAUCACGAGUUGUACCUGGCGUCUGACGCGGCCGGAAACGCGUACCUCGCGGUCGAGGGGCGGGCGAUCUCGGCCGCGGAGGCGCAGGCGUACGUCGAGCGCGCGCUCGCGGAGGCCGGCGGCCCGUUUGCGUACCUGACCGCGACCGUCAACACUUUCGCCGGCGGCGCGCAGCAGGACGCGACGGUGGCGAUCCUGAUCGAGCGGGCGCACUUCUUCGAACAAUAUAUCGCCGAGCAGGCCAUGCGCAAGGCCCCGCUCCUCGCCACGACCGUCUUCUGGGUCCUCGUUCUGCUCUGGAUUGCGGAGGCGCUGGUGCUGCGGCCCGUGCAGCGGACGACGAAGCAGAUCGUGGACCUCGCGCACCAGCUCGACGACUCCGGGAUGGUCCUGAAGGGGCGCGCGCGCGCGAGCGUCAGCGACGGGGAGGUGCUGUCGCUAGAGCAGGCAAUGACGCGGGUCAGCGCGACGGUGCGGCUGGUGCUGCGCGCGUCGAUGCGCGGGCGCGUCGUGCUCGACCGGAUGAUGGCGGAGGCCGCGACGGACGGCCUGACCGACCUCGGGCUGGGGGAGUGGCAGCGCAUGUACGUCGGGGAGCAACAGUCCUCCGCGGGGAGUGUCGCCAUCACGGACGCGACGGUCGGGGAGCGCUCGAUGCGCACCUCCGCGGCCGGGCGCAGCAGCACGCAGAUGUCGCUCGCGGAGUCCCUCAUGCGGCAGCAGACCCUGCGCACGUCGCAACAGGCGGCGACGGGCGACCGCAGCAGCGUCACCGAGGGCCCGGUCUCCGAGCUCGCGGCGGACCCGCAGCUCGCGCUGCUCGGGACGCCCAAGUGGAGCGCGCUGAACGUCGAGCCGGACGAAAGCGGGCGCCGCAGCGGCGGGCUGCAGGCGGCGGUGGUUGAGAUGUUCCGACGGCUCGGGAUUCUGGCGGCCUCGCACGAGAACAAGGCGCGCGGCGCGGAGGAGGGCGCGGCGCGGGCGUCGGUGUUCCCGACCGCGGAGACGGUGGUGGCGCUGUGCGGGCACCUGGAGCUGGGGUACGACGCGUCGAACCCCUACCACAACUGGUACCACGCGGUGGACGUGGCGCACACGGCGUACCACCUGAUGAUGGAGGCGCGCAAGCACGAGCGCUCGGGCGGGUUCACGCGCCUCGAGCGGCUGUGCUGCCUGGUCGCCGCGCUGGCGCACGAUCUGGGUCACACCGGGAAGAGCAACGACUUCCUCAUCAAGACUUCGCACUCGCUGGCGGUCACGUACAACGAUAGCAGCCCGCAGGAGCAGGCGCACAGCGCGAUGCUCACGAAGAUCCUCCUCGAGGACCCCGAGUCGGACGUCUUCGCGCGGUUCGGGGCCUCGGAGAAGAGACACGCGCGGCACCUCGUGAUCGCGCUGAUCACGUCGACGGACAUGAAGACGCACUUCGACCUCACGGGCGCCGUCGAGGAGCUCGCCGAGGGCAUGCAGCAGCAGGCGCCGCCGCCCGGCGGCGGCGCGCACCGCCUGCCGUCCGACAAGCAGCACCGCGAGCUGCUCCUCAAGGCGAUCCUGCACGCGGCGGACAUCUCGCACUUGGUCAAGGACCGGAAGGUCAUGCUGAUGUGGUCGGCGCGCAUCAUGAGCGAGUUCUUCAUCCAGGGCGACAUGGAAAAGGAGCUCGGCAUGUCGCCGGUGUCAAUGAUCGAUCGGGAAAAGGAGUACGUGCCGCAGGGGCAGCUCGGGUUCAUGGACGCCGUCGCGCGGCCCUUCUUCACCGCCCUCUGCAACGUCAUCCCCUGGUCGAGCUGGAUGAUGCGCCACUUCUUCAAGAACUACAACGUCUGGCUCGACGUCGUGCGCGAGCACCAGGCCCUGCUCAAGGCCUACGGGCUCGAGACCCGGGACGACAGGAGCAGCUCCGAGGCCGUGGCGAGCUCCGGGACGACCCGCUCGCACCGCACGGACGGCGUGGUCAUGCUCAACCACGCGCUGAUCGAAGUCGCGCGACCGUACAGCAUGCACCACAUUGAUUUUUUCCAGCGGGAAGGCUGGACGUCCGUGCUGCGGCCGAGCAUGCGGCGCCCGUGGCCCAGCAGAGCCAAGGAGGACCUCGAGCGGCCGUCGGACACCGCGCCGCAGCCGCGCGAGCCGUCGGGGUCCACGGACACCACGUCGGGCGCGCACCCAGAGUCGGUCGCGACCAACGCCCGCGUCAGCUCGUCGGACAACCUCGCCGCGAAGGACGCGGCCACGGCCACGGGGGCUGCGCCGGCGAAGUCGCGGUUCGCGCGGCACGACAGCAGGAAUAACCCCCCCCCGAAGUCCCCCCUGGGGCCCCCGCGCGCGGAGGCGUCGUCGCCGGCGCCGCACCCGCCGGAGCCGGUGUGGCCGUUCGAGGCGGCGGAUGAGACCUCGAAGGAGGCGAUCUGGACGGAGACGAUGCACCACCAGGGCCUCGUCUACAUGCCGUUGACGUCGAUUCCGCGGGCGGCGGCGCUCCUGAACACGCAGGAGACGCUGCGCGUGAUGGAGAGUCGUCUCGAGGCGUUCCUGGACGACGCCAAGGACCUUGAGUCGCUGCCGUCCCUCGCGCUGCCCCCCGAGCGCCCGCAGAUGCCGGCGGGGGUGAUGGGCACGCUGCGCCGGCUGAGCACGCGGGCGCGGGCGUCGCACGGCAUGGCCCGCCGGACGUCGUCGCAAGAGGGCGUGCCGAGCUUCGGAGCGAGCGGCCCGCUCGCUAGCAUGGAGCGGAACGCUGCGGCCAAGAAGAGCAUCGGGCGUCCGCGCACAAUGCAGCAUGCCCGCACUUGA